AUGGAGAAAGAAGAUGAUACACAUAAACAAUUGGUGGUCACGGGUGCUUGGAGAAUACAAUUGGAACAGGAGUAUGUUCAUAAAUUGUCUGAGGUCAAAUGCCUAGAAGUGACUCAGCCAAAGUAUGGACCUGGGCUUGCUGCCAUCGCAGCCUGUGCUUUUCCACAUGGUCAUACCCAUGGCACAUUUAUCGUGAUCAAGAAAAUAAAGCCAGAGUCCCUUCUCUUUGUGGUCAAUGCAGUCAAAUUGAAGACAUCACGUUGUGCAGCUGAAGGCCAAGCAAUUUUUACAGGGGAGGAAAUGGCUAAGAUGUUCAUAUUCAUCCUUGUCACCGCUCUGGUAGUGGAUACAGAAGUCUGGGCCCUGGACAACUGCUUCCAAGAAGUAGCACGGCUCAGAGCCCAAGUGCACCUGCUGGAGACCCAGAUCAAACAGCAACAGAUCAAAAUUGAACAGCUUUUGCAAGAGAAUGAAGUUCAGCUCCUUGACAGAGGAGGGGAGAAUAGUGUCUUCGACAUUGGAGCCAAGAGACAAUAUGCAGACUGUUCCGAGAUUUUCAAUGAUGGGUAUAAACAGAGUGGAUUUUACAAAAUCAAGCCUUUCCAGAGCCCAGCGGAAUUCUCUGUUUAUUGUGACAUGUCUGAUGGAGGAGGAUGGACAGUGAUUCAGAGACGAUCUGAUGGCACUGUGAACUUUAACAGAGCCUGGGAAGACUAUGAAAAGGGUUUUGGAAAUUUUGUUCAAAAAAAUGGUGAAUAUUGGCUGGGUAAUAAAAAUCUUCACUUUUUGACAAUACAAGGAGAUUACACUUUGAAAAUUGAUCUUGGAGAUUUUGAGAAAAAUAGUCGUUAUGCACAAUAUAAAGAUUUCAAAGUUGGUGAUGAAAAGAGCUCCUAUGAGUUGCACAUCGGAGAAUAUUCUGGAACAGCUGGCGACUCUCUUGCAGGGAGAUUUCACCCUGAGGUGCAGUGGUGGGCUAGCCACCAAAGAAUGAAAUUCAGCACGUGGGACAGAGAUAACGACAACUACGACGGGAACUGUGCUCAGGAAGAUCGGGCUGGCUGGUGGUUUAACAGGUGUCACUCUGCAAACCUGAAUGGUUUAUACCACCGUGGCCCUUACACGGCUGAAACGGACAAUGGGGUGGUCUGGUACACCUGGCAUGGAUGGUGGUAUUCUUUGAAAUCUGUGGUUAUGAAAAUUAGGCCAAACAAUUUCAUUCCAAAUAUUGUCUAAUUUUCUCUGAAUCUCAUUUCUUGCUGUUCAUCUUGAAACAUCCCUGUUUGAAAUGAUUUUGAAAACAGUGAUAUUGAAUAUACAUACAGAAGAUAAUGUCAAUUGUAUGAAUAGUUUUCAUUCUCAUUUGCUUUUUAUUACUUCUAUACUUUCAGUAAAAUAAACAUACAAUACACACUAAAU